UUUCGAGGAUGCUUCGUCAGUGGCCAUAAGCUUAAGGAUCAGACAUCAGACGUGAGAGUACUCUCUCUCUCUCUCUCUCUCUCUCUCUCUCCCACGAAAAUGGCGGUAACCGAUUUCUUCGUCGGUGAAAUUGCGACGGAGCUUGUGAAGCAGCUCUUCCUGGUAUCUAUGAGGGCGUGCAAGUGCAAAACCAGCGCUGAAUCACUCCGCAUCAUGAUCGAGGAUCAUCUCCCGACAAUCAAAGAGAUCCAGUACAGUGGCGUUGAACUUCCCGAGCACCGUCAAUUUCAGAUCGAUACCCUCCGUCAGACUCUGGUCAAGGGCCAGAAGCUCGCCGAGAAGAUCCUGAGCUCCCACCGCUGGAACAUGGUGAAGCAGCUUUACCUCGCGAGGAAGAUGGAGAAGAUCGAGAAUACGGUUUCUAGAUUUCUUCAGGGGCCGUUGAUAACCCAAAUUCUCGCUGACGUUCAUCAUCUCCGGGCCGAUGCGUCCGCCAGCUUCGAUCGGAUAGAUAAGAAUUUCAACAAGCUGAGUAAGCAGAUCGCUUCCAUGAAAAUUGGGGGAGGUGGCCUGGUUGUGGAGGCGAUGAAGAGGGCGGAGAUGACGAUGGAUAUAGAGAUGAACGGUGAGUUGGGAAAUUUAGGGGUAGGGUUAGAACUGGGGAAGAGGAAGGUGAAGGAGAUGAUUUUUGACGAUAAGGGCGGGAUUGCUGGGAUCACUGGUAUGGGUGGGUCGGGGAAGACUACUCUUGCAAGAGAGCUUGAACGGGACGAUGAAAUCCGAAGGCACUUCGACAACCGGGUUUUGUUUCUCACGGUUUCACAGUCACCAAAUCUAGACGAGCUGAGGUCCCUUAUCUGGGGUUUUUUGUCUGGGUGUGAGGCUUUACAUCCUGCUGAUCUUCCCGAGUGGAACUUCCAAUUCGAGUAUGGAGUUAAAAGUCGGGCGCUCGUGAUUCUUGACGAUGUCUGGACAAUCGAAGCACUAAACCAGUUGACGUUUAAGAUCCCUGGCUGCACAACUCUUGUGGUCUCGCGAUCCAAAUUCACAGGCCCUAGUGCCACUUAUCAUGUGGAAUUACUAAGGAAAGAGGAAGCGAUGUCCCUGUUCUGUCUUUGUGCUUUCGGGCAGAAGUCCGUGCCUCCUGCUUUCAGUGAGAAUUUGGUCAAGCAGAUUGUUGAUGAAUGUAAAGGACUACCUUUGGCUCUCAAAGUGAUCGGUGCUUCAUUGAAAGACCGACCUCAAAAGUAUUGGGAGGGUGCGGCAAAGAGGCUAUCAAGGGGUGAACCUGCUGAUGAAGCUCAUGAGAGUAGCGUGCUUGAUCAGAUCGCUACAAGCCUGGAAAAUCUAGACCUGAAGAGCAGAGAAUGUUUCAUGGAUCUGGGUGCUUUCCCUGAAGACAAGAAGAUUCCCCUUGAUGUUCUUAUCAACAUGUGGGUUGGCAUCCAUGAUAUCGAGGAAGAAGAAGCUUUUAAGGUUCUUGUCGAUUUAUCAGAUAAGAAUCUCCUCACUCUCGUGAAAGAUCCGAGGCUUGGCGCAUCGUACACAAGCUACUACGAUAUAUUUGUUACCCAACACGAUGUUUUGCGGGAUCUUGCUCUUCAUCUCAGUGGUCGUGGAAAAGCAAAUCGGAGACAGAGGUUGCUGAUGCCUAAAAGAGACUCGGCACUUCCGAGAGAAUGGGAGAGGAACAAUGAUGAGCCAUACAAUGCCCUAAUCGUGUCCUUCCACACGGGGGAAAUGGAUGAGAUGGAUUGGUUUGACAUGGAAUUCCCCAAGGCAGAAGUUCUGAUCCUCAACUUCUCUUCAGACAAGUAUUUCUUGCCACCUUUCAUCAGCAAGAUGCGCAAACUCCGAGCCCUCGUGAUUAUCAACAAUGGCAUGUCACCGGCGGUUAUCAAUGACUUCUCCGUCUUCUCGGACCUGACCUGCCUAAGGAGUCUCUGGCUCGAGAGAGUUCAUGUCCCUGAGCUCUCGAACAGUACGAUUCCCCUGGAAAACCUCCGGAAGAUGUCUCUUAUCCUCUGUAAGGUCAACAACAGUUUCGCUCAGAAAGAACUCGACAUCUCCAAGGUUUUCCCGAGAUUGUAUGAUCUCACGAUUGAUCAUUGCGAUGAUCUUAUCGAGCUACCGACGAGCAUUUGCGGGAUGAAAUCACUCCACUCUUUAAGCGUAACGAAUUGUCACCGCCUUUGCGAAUUACCGAAGAGCCUAGGCAAACUGCAAGCCCUUCAAAUCCUGAGGCUAUACGCAUGCCCCGAGCUGAAGAUCGUGCCUGAGGAAAUCUGCGAGUUGCCUGACCUCAAGUACGUCGACAUUUCCCAGUGUGUUAACCUGACGUCUCUUCCGAAGGAGAUAGGAAAUCUCAAGUGGCUCGAGAAAAUCGACAUGAGGGAGUGUUGGAUAUCGGGUUUACCAAGAUCCGCUGUUUUGUUGAAGUCUCUACGCCACGUUAUAUGCGACAAAGAUGCGGAAGAAAUGUGGGACGACGUCGUGAAGGCCGUCGAAGGUCUUUAUGUGGAAGCCGCCGAGAAAUCCUUCAGCCUCGCUUGGCUCGAUGAGUAGGCAAUCUGCAUUCUAUCGAAACCCUAAAUUCACUGUUCUAAAUACCAACUUUCUAGAAUCUAUUCACCGGUCUUUCAAGUAUAUGUAUGUGUGUGUAGUAUAUACAUGUACACACUUAGUACAAGUCUGUACAUGUUUUCUUCUUCGUGAUCAUCGAAUAAACCAUUGCAUGGUUACCAUGCCCUACUC